CUCAUUGUCCGUUCCUUCUCAUUCCGCAUCCCACCCCAUCCCCGUCUCCAACCUAUCUCCCAUCUUCUCCAUUGCUGUUUUAGCUCCAGGUAUUUGGCUUUUUUCUCGGACGCCGAAGCUGUGAUUGUUCAUUGCUCUUCACAGCAUUGGGGCCUUGCCCGCUAGAAGCGUAUCGCCCCAUGAACUCCAUACCGGUGUCGUGUGGGGGUGGAUCCCAAGCGGAAUCGAAGCUGCACGGGGACGAGACGGGGAAGCCGGCGGUGCCACUCCGCUCGAUGGAUUAUGUCUGUCUAUACGCAGCUUUUCUCUUGGUCGGUUGCGGCUCAGGCUGGCUGUUGUGCAACGGCAUCUACGCCGGUUUCGGAGCGAACUACGCAAGUGUGCAAGACUCAAAUUUCUUCGGCGCUACCACGCUGAUUCAGGGUUUCUUAUCUAUCGGGCUUGCUUUGCUGUAUCCAGGUGCCUGCGGCAAAUUCCGCCACCUUUGCUUGCUAGUCACCCUUGCGUGCUGCUUGUCCUGGUCCUUGUGGAAAAAACCUUGCCACGGGCAAGGGACCCUCGGACGGACUGGGUGGGCAGUGCACGCGGAACUGCUUUACCGGGAAGGCGGACGGGGGGGCUUCACAAGAUUGACAGAUCAUUUACCAGACAGCAUUUUGCAUUUUAUUGUAGCCUGUCCACAUCGUGCAGGCAUGGUAGCGUAUUUACUGUUCACCGCCCUCAGACCCGACGGACUGUCGAAGCGCGGCGCCCAAUUGGGGGUCGGCGCUCUGUGUUUCCUGACUGUAUGCGGCCAGGCCGUGCUGGCCUGGGCUUGGGACGUGCGGGACGCCGAGGGCAACUACCCCGCCCUCCUGCUGGUGUUCGCCUUCGGGCUCGUGGUCGCGACGAUGACCUCCUUCGUCGCCUACCCCCUGGUGACCACGAGCGACGAGCACGACCCUCGCCAUGCCCCCGACGGUCGGGACCGCCGAGGCGCGAUCCCAUGGAUGCCCUGCGCGCGAGGCACGUGCGCAGGGCCCUCCCGCCUUCCAGCUUGGCAUCGCUCGGACGUGUGCAUUUUUCCUUCGGCGAGAAAAACCAGGCACGAAACCGAAAAAAACAGGGAAUGGACGUCCGAGCGAUGGCGAGCCAGAGGGGUCGCUGCCGAGCGAUGCAGACCGCGAGGGCGUGCACGCGGGCACGCCCCCCCCCGAGGUGACCGUGCACUACGGCGGCCGGCUCAUCGCGCCCUUCCGGGCGGGCACGGACCUGUCGCAGAUGCUCUGCGCGCUGCUCUCGGAGGCGCAGGCCCCUCGGGGCGCGGGGGGGCCGCUCCUGUUCCCCUCGUGGGUGCUGCAGGUGCUGUACGCCGCGCUCGCGGCGGCGGGGCUGGCCUCGUGGAUGAUGGGCGUGGUCGGCAGCGCCGCGGGCCUGCGGCGGCCCGAGGCGCAGCAGCCCGAGCCGCGCGGGCCCCCCUCGAAGGCGGAGGCCGCUCCGGGCGGCCGCCGCGGGCGGCUGCGCGGCUUCGCCUGCCCGGCGUCGCUGGCGUGGCCGGUGCUGCUCGGUGGCGUCGUGACGCAGGUGAACCUCUGGGCACUGACGGUCCCGGUGGGCAACAGCUCGGCCCGGAUGACCGACCCGGAGUCGUGCGGUGGCGAUCAGGCAGCCGUCCUGUACAAGGUGGGCCUGACGCUCCAGUACUGCCUGGUGCCCCUCGCCUCGCUGCUGUCCAGCCUCGCCAGGUGCCCGCGGCCUCUCUUCUACGGCCUCUUCGCGCUGCAGUGCGCGUGCGUGGCCGCCGUCUGGCUGAGCCUGCUGGGCGUGGGCCGGGAGGCCCUCUGGCAGACGGCACCGGGCCGCACCGUCUGGUGCGCCGCGUUCGCCCUGAUCGGGGGCCUGGAGGGCUACCUGCUGACCAUGACCUACCGCUACGUCGGGGACGACCCCGGGCUCGCCGCCCACCUCCGCGACGGCGCCUGCCGCCUCAUGAGCUGGGGCGGCGUCAUGGCCACCAACCUCCUGUCGCUCGCGAUCGGCAUCUGCAUUCUCAGGGGCGGCCUCGCCUGCGUGGAGCCGGACACGUAGGCAUCUGCUGCAGCCCUGAGCAAGUGUGUGUGUGUGUGUGCGCGUGUGUGUGUGUGUGUGUGUGUGCGAGCGUGUGUGCUGUUGGUGUUGGUGUGUGUGUGGUGGGUGGGGUGUGUGGGCGUUGUUCGGUGUUUGUGGGUUGUGGGUGUGUGGUGUGUGUUGGUGUGUUUG